UUUGGAGCUAGUGCUAACAGUGGUCCCUUCACGCUGUACGUUACCCGGAUAAUACACAUCGUAUCUGUCACAUGAGCUGGACUUCUCCAAGCAGACUACCAUGGAUUUUAUGACAGAUCGGGAUGUGCAAAAGUAACUACAGCACAAGGUCCAGUAACUACCUAACCUUAGAUGUCCCUCAUGUACGCACUAAUGCUGGCAGAACUGGGUUCAGUACAUGGAGGAUGGAUAUGUGGUUCUAGACGGGCUGCUGACCUCCCAGGAGUGUGACGAGCUGAGGCAAAGGAUGGCAGAGAUAGUGGACGGGAUGGCUGUCCCGGAGCACUGUCGCACCAUUUUCUCCACCCAUCAUGAUGAGCAGCUCAAAGCACAGGGAAAUGCUGAGUAUUUCAUCACCAGCGGAGAUAAGAUCCGCUUUUUCUUUGAGAAAGGAGUUUUUGAUGACAAAGGGGAAUUCAUCGUACCAAAACAGCGGUCGCUAAAUAAAGUCGGACAUGCACUACAUGCCUAUGAGCCAUUGUACAAAAAGGUUACACAUUCACCCAAAGUUCAGGGCAUAGCGAAGAAGCUGGGUCUUGUAAGUCCUGUGAUACUGCAAAGCAUGUUCAUUUUUAAGCAACCAGGGAUUGGUGGGGAAGUGAUGUCACAUCAAGACGCCACAUUUCUGUACACGGAGCCCCUGGGCAGAGUUAUCGGGCUGUGGAUCGCUCUGGAAGAUGCCACUGUUAACAAUGGCUGCCUGUGGUUUAUCCCUGGGUCACACAACAGUGGAAUUUCUCGGCGUAUGGUGCGUACCCCAAAGGGCACCUUUCCCCUGACGGACUUCACCGGUCGAGAGCAGACCUAUGAUGAUGAGAAGUUUGUUAUCACACCUGUUAAAAAAGGUGGUGUAGUCCUGAUCCACGGGGAAGUGGUGCAUCGCAGUGCUGAAAACACCUCAGAAGACUCUCGCCAAGUCUACACCUUCCACAUCAUGGAAUCCCAGGACACCUGCUGGAGCCCUGACAACUGGUUGCAACCGACUGAAGAACUCCCUUUCCCACCUCUCUACACUAAAUAAACGAUGUUUUGGGCAUUUGGUGCUGCAGUUCAUGGAGAGACACAAGAUCUUCUCUUUCCUGAAGAAGGACCAACAUGCAUGAACUGUUUUAACCAUAGAAAAGGUGCUGCCAUUUCUCAUGGCUUGUUUUAUAUCCAAUAUGACACCAUCUGUUUCUCUGAGCUACGCGUAGACUGGUUUGUAGCCUGAUCCAGAAUUAUUUCAACAGCAUAGUCAAUACUAGAAUUAAUGGUGAUUAAAAAUGUAAUUUUUUUAUGAAUGUAUCAAUGUUUUUAAAUAAGGAUUUUGAAUAGACUGGAAAAUUAAUCUGAAUAAACAUUUUGAUCAACUUUC